UCCAGUUCCGCCGGUACGUUUUGCACCGUACGCUUAUUUAUACUGUACCCUUUUGCGCAUCCCACAAACCUUCGCAAGUAAAAGCGGCAUGGCACUAUCGACUGCAUCUUCGCCACCUGACACCUGGGACUGCAUGUAUAUAUGCGGAGCAUUCUAGUUACUGCGAGGUGCUGGAUUAGAUUAGUUAAACCAAUCUUAAUCCCUCCAUGUUCUAAAUUGUGAAUUCUGCGGAUGUACAAUAAACAUAACAUAUGAACUGAUUAACGAUGGAUACAUGCAGCAAAGUAACUAAGUUUUGCUGGUUUGCAUGCAUUUGCUUCAUUGCAGCUGGUUUAACCGAGAGUAAAGAUGCCAAAGGAUCUGUUCCCCUGGAUGGAUGGACGUUUGACAAGAUCCUUCCCUUGUUCAAAGUGGCACUAGUCAAAUUCGACAGGGUGUUCCCGCACGGCGACAAGCACGACGAAUAUAUUAAAGUGGCGGAAGCGGCACAUGCCAACCCGGAUUUACUGCUUGCAGAAGUGAAUACUGCAGACUAUGGCGAUAAAAAGAAUGCCGAUUUAGCCGAACGGUUCAACGUGAACAAGGAUGAUUUUCCUGUGCUGAAGCUGUUCAUACGUGGAACGGACGAUCCCAUUCCAUACACCGGAAAUUUCCAAGCCGAUGAUAUUAAGCGAUUCUUAAAGUCAAGAGGAGGAGUGUGGGUGGGCUUAGCUGCAUGCAUUGAGGAAUUCGAUGAACUCGCACGACUGUUCACGGCUGAAGAAGACCCCGGGAAGCGCGAAGCGCUACUCCAGGAAGCCGAAAGCAAAGCUGCCGAGAUCACGGAUCCCGCGACCAAGAACAAUGCAAAAAUCUAUCUGGUCACAAUGAAAAAAAUUUUGGAGAAGGGCAAACAAUUUGUUGCCGAGGAAAUCAGACGCGUGGAAAAACUGCAGAGCGAGAAGAUAGCCGACAAAAAGAAGGAAGAUCUCAAGCAUCGUAUCAACAUUUUGCAUUCCUUUAAGGAUGAGUUGUAAGACAUACUUAACUUUUCUCAAAAAAAUCUGUCCAAGCUUACAUUUACAAAAGGUAUGUGUAGCUACAUUAAUGCGUAAUAUGUUACGAAGAAUAUGCAAUAUAUUAGUAAUCUGAUCUCGACGUUGUACACACUAGAACAUCGCACACAAACUGCUUCUUUUAAUGCGUAACAUUUUAAUAAAGUAUCCCAGUUUCCUUAAUAACAACAGAAAUUUGAGUCAAAACGAAAAAAAUAGAACAAGAUGACCGAUUCUUCGACAAAGCUUCUUGCCUACAACCAAAAAAGGAAAAACAACGAAUUUAAACUGUGAAUAUUAUCCCGCAUCGUUGUGUGUACAAUACAACAGUCCUGUGUCGCGCAGUCUGUCGUGGUCAAAAAUAUUUCUGCACUCGACGGAGAGGAGAAAAACAGAUUCCCAGAAGAAGAAAAACCAAAAAAGCUCCAAGAUUCUUUCCACCCAGCCAGCCGCCACAUAAAAUUUCUCUUCGCAGACAGAAAAAGACAAAUUAAAAAACACCCCACAUUUUUUUAUCCGCACAAUAAUUAAUCCAAGAAAAAGUAACCUCUGACUAGAGAGACGCACAAGCACACACAUACACCCCGCCCAAUACCGCCACACCACCGGGGGAGGAGGGAACACAGGUACAUUGUGUGGGCGGGGGGACCGGGAAUAUGUUCACCGAGGUGGCGCGAUGCUCUUGGGCCAGAGACAUGUCGCCCACCGUCAUGUGUCGGAACUGGCCCCCCGCAUCAGGCCCGAACGGGAACUGGACGAUGUUAGACUGUUGGUGGAGAUG